UUAUCUGUAAAUUCAAUGCUUUUAAUCCAACCCAUUGUAGCUCAUCAUAGCCACCGCCUUCUUCAAAGCUCCUUGGACGGAUCUGCUUCAUUUCAUCAUCUGCGGAGAAAAUUGAUCGGACGCAUCAGGUCUGGACUCGAAGUUCGAAGGAAAGUAGCUGUGAGGGCAAUUUCUUCGUCCGCACUAGUCGAUUCGAAGAUGGUUAAAGCGAUAAGGAUCCACGAACUCGGCGGACCUGAGGUUCUGAAAUGGGAGGAUGUGGAAAUUGGUGAUCCAAAGGAUGGAGAGGUCAGAGUGAAACAUAAGGCGAUUGGAGUGAACUUCAUUGAUAUUUAUUACCGAAAAGGAGUUUACAGUGCUUCCAGUAUGCCGUUCACGCCAGGUAUGGAAGCUGUCGGCGAGGUAACUGCUGUAGGUCCUGGACUUACUGGAAGGAAGGUCGAAGAUCUUGUUGCUUAUGCCGGUCUUCCCAUGGGCGCCUAUACAGAAGAGCAGAUCCUUCCUGCUGAUAAAGUGGUUCCUGUGCCGCCUUCUAUCGAUCCAAUUCUAGCCGCAGCUAUCUUGCUCAAGGGAAUGACAGCUCAGUUUCUCCUUCGCAGAUGCUUCAAAGUCGAACCCGGACACACUGUCCUUGUUCAUGCUGCUGCCGGAGGAGUCGGGUCUGUGCUAUGCCAAUGGGCAAAUGCCCUCGGAGCCACCGUCAUCGGAACUGUUUCAACCAAUGAAAAGGCGGCGCAAGCCAAAGAAGACGGGUGCCACCAUGUCAUACUCUACAAGGACGAAGAUUUCGUUGCCCGCAUCAACGAAAUCACCGACGGAAAAGGAGUCGAAGUCGUUUACGACUCCGUCGGGAAGGACACUUUACAGGGAUCAUUGUCGGUCCUGAAGCCCCGGGGACACCUAGUGAGCUUCGGACAGUCCUCGGGACUUCCCGAUCCCGUCCCGCUACCGUCACUCGGCGCGAAAUCGCUGUUCUUGACGAGGCCUUCAAUGAUGCACUACACAACUACCAGGGAUGAGCUGCUGGAGACGGCCUCGGAGGUAUUUACGAAUGUCGCGGCGGGUGUUAUUCGGGUGCGGAUAAAUCCUACGUACCCGUUGUCUCGUGCGGCGCAAGCGCAUGCGGAUCUUGAGAGCAGGAAGACGUCGGGAUCGAUUGUGCUCGUGCCGGACGCGGCGUAAGACCGGUAAGUGUUUUUUUAACGAACUUGGUAGUAAUAAACAGAUUGCUUGAGGAAUUUGUGAGCAAACUUUAGGUUUAGUUAUGAAAAGUUUAUGGAUGGCCCAUUUUCUUACCGUUACGCGUCUCUCUCUCUCUCUCUCUCUCUCUCCCCCCGUGGGUGUGUUUGUUUGGGGGUUUGGAUUUUGAGUUGGAAUUUGAAUAGUAAAAAUUUUGAAUU